AUGAACAAGUUCUCCAGCCUGGCUAAAGAUCAAUUGGGGAACUUAAAUCUGGAGAGUUUCAUCAGGGAGUUUCCCCAGAACAGAUACAACUUUUCCUCUCAUCAGGGCACAGGAUUGAUCUCAGGAAACUUCUGUUACUCCUCCCCUCUCCCAGAACACCACUACCUGGCCACACCCACCAGCUGGACCUCUGACCGCCCCCCACGACCCAAGAGCCCCUGGGGCUGCCUAGACCCCUACACCUCUGAGGACCAGGACAGGGAGUAUGUAGGCUUUGCUACUCUGCCCAACCAGGUACACAGGAAGUCAGUAAAGAAGGGAUUUGAGUUCACUCUGAUGGUGGUAGGAGAGUCUGGUCUGGGUAAAUCUACACUAGUCAACAGUCUGUUCCUUACAGACCUCUACAAGGACAGGAAGGUGCUGAAUGCAGAGGAGAGGCUGGCUCAGACUGUGGGCAUAACUAAGAACACAGUGUGCAUCGAGGAGAAGGGAGUGAAGCUCAAACUCAACAUAGUGGACACACAAGGCUAUGGAGAUACCAUCAAUAAUACAGACAGCUAUAAGUGUGUUUCAGACUACAUUGACCAUCAGUUUGAGCAGUACCGCAGGGAUGAAAUCGGCCUGAACAGAAAGAACAUCCAGGAUAACAGAGUCCACUGCUGCCUCUACUUCAUCUCUCCCUUCGGACAUGGUCUGCGGCCAUUGGAUAUAGAGUGUAUGAGGGCUCUGCAGGACAAGGUCAACAUCAUCCCUGUUGUGGCCAAAUCUGAUGGUCUCACUUAUGAUGAGGUUAAGAAGAAGAAGAGCAGGAUCCUAAGUGAGAUAGAUAAGUACAGGUUAAAGAUCUACCAGUUCCCAGACUGUGACUCUGAUGAGGACGAGGAGUUCAGGAGGCAGGACAUGGAGCUCAAGAGGAGUGUUCCGUUUGCAGUGAUCGGCAGUAACAUGGUGGUGGAUGUUAAUGGUCGGCGGAUCCGCGCCCGUCUCUACCCCUGGGGAGUGGUGGAAGUGGAGAACCCAUAUCACAGUGACUUUGUCCACCUGAGGAACAUGUUGGUGAGGACUCAUAUGCAGGACCUGAAGGACAUGACCCAUGACACACACUACGAGAGUUACAGAGCACAGUGGCUGUGCAAGAGCCAACACACUGAUGUGGAUUAUGACUUCUGCCACACAAUCUAAUCCAGGAGGCCUUUGGUGUUAAACAAAAGAUGAUACACUGCUUUCACUAUUGCUGGAAUAAAGUCACAAGCUAAA